CGCGGGCCCGGCUCGGCCCGGGUGAGCGCGGCGGGCGGAGGAGGUUUCGUGCGGGAGGGCCUCGGGCAGGGCCGGCGUGUGGCGCAGCGCGGAUUGCGGCGUUGAUGUGCGCUUUGCCCCCCGCAGCAGGAAAUGGCAGCGCUAGGCAGAUCCUUCCAGGGCAUCCCGGCGGGCCCGGCCGUGGAGCUCCCCACAGCGCCGGCCGCUGCCCCGGAGCCCUUAGCCGGCGGCCACGGCCGUCUGCAGCCACCCGGCAUGGUCAUGGCAGGGAUCGGAAACGACGGCGUGGACGGACCCUCCGGCCUCUGUCUGCAGAGCAGCUUCGACCUGGCCUCGCUGGCCGCGCUCGGCAGCCACAGCCAGGGGCUGACGGUGGCCCCGGUGAGCUCCUUCACCAGGAGCCGCAGCCAUGUCUCUGUGCGAUGUGGAAGGAAGCAUAAGCUAGAAGAAGAGGCAGAAGGCUGUCCUGUGCGGAAGAAGAGACUGACAGGAACCAAAAAUUGCCCUUUGAAUCCCAACACUGAAGAAUGGAUUCUUUGUGCAGGUCAGCAGGCAGCUGGGGAGGUAGCAAGUCAGUAUGGUGGCAGCGGUCCUGAAACUGCCAUGUUAGAAAUUCCCUGUGAAGAAAUGGAUCAGACAAUGGGGGAACAGCAAUGCGAGGUUGCUCGCAGGAAACUUCAGGAAAUUGAGGACAGGAUAAUUGAUGAAGAUGAGGAAGUUCAUGCUGAUGGAAAUGUUAGCAAUCUGCCCACUCUUAUCCUGUCAGAUACCCUUAAGAAAGGGAUGAAGAGGGAUUUUGGUGAAGUCCUGACAAAGAAAAUAAUAGAAUCUAUGAGCCGUCCUUCUAUGGAACUCGUGCUUUGGAAACCUCUUCCUGAAUUUAUGACAGAUAAACUGAAGUCUGUUUCUGUUAAGAACUUCAAGCAGCAGAGUACAGAAGUAUGUCAAGCUAAGCAGCCAAUACCAAGAGCUCCUUUUGACCCACAGACUGAAACGUUCCCUGGAUCACAACAGACUGCCAUGUCUCCAGAUCCAUAUGCUAGUUUGGGAAUAUCUGGGUGUGCAGAAGAAGAAAUGGAGUUGUAGAUGCCAGACUUUAGACUGGAAGUGGUGAGCUUCUGAUGCCUAUUGUUGAGGUUUUUUGAUUAUUUUUUUCUGGUUUGAUGUGUGAAUCUGAAGUUAUAUUAUUUGUUUUUUUGUUUUCUUACUAACAAUCAUAAGCACACCACAAUCAUAGGGUGGCCAGGAAACACCCUAAGAUUUCUGUGUUCCAAUCUGUUAAAUAUUCUUAUUUUUACUGAAAAGGUAAUUCAGAGGCCUUUGGAACAGGGAAGUAGCUUUCCAUCUUGCUUAUUGGUGAAAUAUCCUCUUAAUUGCCCUUGGUAAAGCAUAAAAUCCAAAUAUUGAAUGUAACUGUGGCUUAAGCCACACCUUUGUCUUACUGAGCCAUUGAAACUGGUGCACAUACUAUUCUUGGCCAUUUGGUUUAAUUUGAAUUACAAAAUGUAAAGGAAGAAACAUCUUCAAAUCUAGUCAUGGGUGGAAAAGCAGUCCCUCUGGUAAUACAGCUUUUCACACCAUCUUAUUUGUUUGGACUUUAUGUAAACUCAGAUGUAGAAAUUACACAGUCCACGGGGUGCUAAGGAAGGAAUAUUACAGCUGAGCUUAAGUCUUUUGCUUUGUAGAAAGUAAAGCCAGCACUUGUAACUUGCAGGAUACCUGCUGACUUCAGUCAUCUUUGGUUCAUUGGCUUCUAAAUUUUAUUUGUGGGUUUUUGAUGUUCCCUUCCCCAAAGUGGUUCUC